CCAGAAUAUAAGAUUGCUGAUCCCAUAUGUACCUACAUAUUUUCAGUUCUUGUGGCUUUUACAACCUUUCGGAUCAUACGGGACACCGGAAUAAUUGUACUUGAAGGAGUUCCAAGGCAUUUAAACAUGGACCUUAUUAAAGAAGAGUUGAUGAAAAUUGAAGAUGUAUUUUCAGUGGAAAACCUGUAUGUCUGGUCUCUAACUUCAGGAAAAACAAUUGCCAUUGUCCACCUACAACUAGUUCCUGGUAGUUCACCCAAGUGGGAGGAGAUCCAAUCCAAGGCCAGGCAAUUGCUGCUGACUACCUUCGGCAUCUAUCAAUGCUCCAUCCAGCUCCAAAGCUACAGGCGGGAGGAGAACAAGCCCUGUGUGAAUUGUCAGAGUGCCUAAUUUUUCCACCCUUCGGGAAGACUCAACUGCCUUAUCCUUUUUAAUCUUGCAGCCCAAAGGCCACAAAGCAAUAAACGUAAGAUAUAAACGGAACGGAGGGCUUUGAGCUCCGACCUGUAACAUCUGCAUUUAAUGCAGUAUCGGCUAUUGGAGCUGUUGGGGUCAGCUUUGGCACGACUCUUUUCAUGAAGACAGACUUGGAUUCUUCUAUCACUGUUUCGUUUCCGCUAGGGUUUUUCUCGCCAAGAUAUUUCCAAGGAGUUGUUUACAGAUCCCUUGAUGUUUGGGCAGGUUCCUCACUGAACGUAGCAUCCACAAUGCCGUUUCUUAACUGUCCUGACUGACACUCCCAAAGGAGCAUCAGGAAAUUUAUCUACUUGAGUUUUCAAAAGAAUUAAAAAAACAAAACAAAACAAAAAAAAACAACACGAUCAUGUUCACAAUUUGUAAAGU